AGGUGCGGAGGAGGAGCGGCCGCCACAGGACGCCUGGCUCGGCCCAGCCACCCGAUCGGGGCUUCUCGCGUUCAACGGCCGGCCUGUUGCUCCGAGCCCGCAGCGGCGGGGGCGCUGGCGGCAGCGGGCGGCAUGCGCGUGUGAGAUGCGGCCGCGGGCAGCCCGGACGCGAGCAGCUGCCGCCGCGGUAGCAGAGAAGUGGGGCGCGGCCUCCUCAGCGCGGGGCGCGCAGUGCAUGAGGGCGAGCACGCGGGCGCUGGGCAGCCGCCGGCCACGCCGCCUUCAUAAACACUUAUUUAGGACUCGUUCGCCCCGCUGAGGCCCCGGCGCCCCGCCAUGGAGGCUCCGCCCGACCCCGGGCCCCACGCCUCGGCCUCAGCUUCGGCCGCGGCGCCGCUGCGCGCCCCAGAGGUGGCGCGGCUCCGCGAGGAGCAGGAAAAGGUGGUCACUAACUGCCAAGAGAAAAUCCAGCAUUGGAAGAAAGUAGAUAAUGACUAUAAUGCCCUUGAAGAAAGACUCAGUACCUUGCCUGAUAAGUUGUCUUAUAAUAUCAUGGUACCAUUUGGCCCCUUUGCCUUCAUGCCAGGAAAACUUGUCCAUACUAAUGAAGUCACUGUUUUACUUGGGGACAAUUGGUUUGCAAAAUGUUCAGCAAAGCAGGCUGUGGGCUUAGUUGAGCACCGGAAAGAACAUGUAAGAAAAACAAUAGAUGAGUUAAAAAAAGUGAUGAAAAAUUUUGAAUCCAGAGUUGAAUUCACAGAAGAUUUGCAGAAAAUGAGUGAUGCUGCAGGUGAUAUUGUUGACAUAAGAGAAGAAAUUAAAACUGACUUUGAAUUAAAAGCAAAACACCGAAUUGCUCAUAAACCUCACUCCAAACCAAAAACUUCAGAUAUUUUUGAAGGAGAAUUCUCAAAUGAUCUAAAAUCCAAGGGUCUGCUUGCUGAUAAGGAACUGUGGGAUCGACUUGAAGAAUUAGAGAGACAAGAAGAAUUGCUGGGUGAAGUUGAUAUUGAUAGUAAGCCUGAUACUGUGAUUGCAAAUGGAGAAGAUACGUCCUCUGAAGAGGAAAAGGAAGAUCAGAACAUAAAUGUGAAUAUGAUGAAUCAAGUAAUGGACUCUCUCACUCCCAGCAAUUGUUAUCAGAAUGUUACAAAUUCAGAACUGUUCAAUGGUCAAGUGAAUAGUCAGUGGAACUGUUCAGUGAAUGGUUCAAAUUCUUAUCACAAUAAUGAAGAUGAAGAAGAUGAUGAUGAUGAUGAUGGUGGUGAUAAUGAAAAUGACCAUGAUAUCUUAGGGGCUGAAGAUAAUUCUAUACCAACAAUAUAUUUUUCUCAUACUGUCGAACCUAAGAGGGUACGAAUAAAUACUGGAAAAAAUACUACUUUAAAAUUCAGUGAAAAGAAAGAAGAAGCCAAACGUAAGCGAAAGAACAGCUCUGGCAGUGGUCAUUCUCCCCAAGAGCUGCCUAUGAUCAGGACUCCUGCUGACAUUUACAGAGUCUUUGUUGAUAUCGUGAAUGGAGAAUAUGUCCCUCGUAAGUCCAUCCUGAAGUCUCGCAGUAGAGAGAACAGUGUUUGCAGUGAUACCAGUGAAAGCAGUGCUGCUGACUUCGAUGAUAGACGGGGAGUCUUGAGGAGCAUUAGCUAUGAAGAGGCCACUUGUAGUGAUGCUAAUGAGAGCAUUUUGGACGAGGAACAACAGGAAAAUCAUCAAAAGAAACUUCUGCCUUUAUCAGUAACACCUGAAGUAUGCUUUUUCUGGAACUGUAAUAGAAAAAGAAUUUUUGUCACCUUCCUUAACACCACACCCAGCCAUGGCUCAUUCUGUGCUACCCACAAUUCCAGAACGAAAAGAGGUUCUGUCAGAAGUAUCAGAAGGAACUACAAAGAGGGUUUCAAAGUUCAAAGCUGCCAGGUUGCAGCAGAAAAACUAGGGCCUGCCUAGGAAAUGGGAGUUUACAUCCUAAAACCUAGUUUUGCAAUUGUUUAGAAUAUAUAUAGCAAAAUAUGUUACAUGUAAUUUGAAAUAAGCCAUCCUGAGUUAAUUUGACAGCAAGUUCUCUUACUGUUAUCAAUGGUGUUAAAAAGAAAUCGAAGUAAAUAUUUAAAUACUUUAAUAUUCAGCUUGUUUUGUUAAUUCUCUGAAUACUGUCAACACUCUUGUUUAAGUUUGCCUUAUGAAGUAGUGGCAGCAUUUUGAAUUAUUUUUCAAAGAAUACUGUUCAUAUGCAUUGUUUUUGUGUUUUGAACUAAAUACUGGCAGUUUUGUACCAGCUGUGAUAUUGUGCAUACCAUAUGGACCAUUUUAAAGAAACUUUUAAAAUUUCAAAUAGAUUCAACAAUUAUAUUACUUGCUUUAGCAUUUUAAAGGCACUUUAAAAAAAUCUACUUCUUGUAGGUUUUGCAGCUAGGUGGCUAUUUAAAAAAUCUCUCCCUCUUUGACUGUCAUUCUGUAAUCUCUAAGACAGAAAGCUGCAUGUACCCAAGGGGAAGUUUCUUUGAUUGGAAGAAUGGUAUUUUGUAAAUUUUUUUUAAGUAAAAAUUUUAUGAAACUUGGUCUCUAAAA